AUUUUGACACGGACCCUUUGCGAUGGAGACAGGAAGUCGUUGUGUAGCGCAGCCUGCCUUGGUUCGGUUCAGUCUGAGACUGUAGCGACUGGAAAGAAAAAAAGACGUGCACAAAGUGUUGGAGUCGGCCCGGUUAGAGGGCGUGACCGCGGAUACUUGGCACAAUGAACGUCGGGGUGGCCCACAGUGAAGUGAACCCCAACACGAGGGUCAUGAACAGCCGUGGGAUCUGGCUGGCAUAUCUUAUAUUUGUAAGUCUCCUACACUUGGUUCUUCUCAGCAUUCCCUUCUUGAGUGUGCCACUGGUGUGGACUCUGACCAAUGUCAUUCACAACCUGGUGAUGUACUUAUUUCUACACACUGUCAAAGGCACCCCUUUUGAAACGCCAGACCAGGGAAAAGCUCGUCUUCUCACACACUGGGAGCAAAUGGACUAUGGGGUACAAUUCACGUCCUCGCGCAAGUUCCUUACUAUCUCACCAAUAGUUUUGUACCUGCUUGCCAGCUUUUACACCAAAUACGAUGCUACACACUUUCUGAUCAACACAGGCUCCCUACUGAGUGUGCUCCUUCCUAAGCUGCCUCAGUUCCAUGGUGUGAGGAUCUUCGGGAUCAACAAGUACUGAAGCACUUCUAACUUUGGAUGAACCAUUUUGUAGACUGCAGCUUACUGGCAUAGAGGCUGCCAUCUCUCAGUGACUGUCGGAGAAGACGGUGUGAGUUUUGUGUACAUACUCAUAUUUCUGAGUUCCAUUUCCAUUAAGAAAAGAUGAUUCAUGCACUGUUUUUGCAGAUCCCCUGAACUCCAAGAAUGGUCAUUAAAUUUGUGAUUGGGUCAUCUUGCCCUAAGAAUAACAAAACCUGAGAAAUCAGAGGGAGAGAGACACACUGGGAACAUGACUGUGUACAUUUGCACCACUUUUUCUUUAAUGACCAAAAUAUGGAAGUGAUGGGGAAGCACAGAAGGGAAGGGUGGUGGGCACUUUUUUGGGGUUGUAAAUGUUUGAAUUUGAAAGUUGAACGGAUACAUUAUUGAAAGCUCUUGAAUUCUUCUGUGGUGUGGAAGUCUAGGAGAAUGAUGCUUUGUAACCGGGUGAGGGUGGGAUUAGUUGCACAUGAUUGCUCUCAUUGCUGUCCUCCUUGGGCAAAUUUGUAUGUAACGUUUGGAAAUACAGCUGUAAUGGGAAUUAGUGACCAGCUGCACACAGUACUUCCCAUCCGACAUUUGCCUGGAUUAUUGGUUGCAUUCCUUCAGGGGUUCCUAGCUCUGCACACCAUGGCUGGAUGCAUAUUCCGGACUGAUUUUCUAAGAAGAGAAAGUGGAGAGGAUGUGGAUGGAAAAUGCUAGAAGCAUGGGUGUAGUGAACAAAAACCUCAAAGUUGUAACUGACAAGUCAAUUUAACUUUAGCAACUUCAUGUGUCAGGCAGCCUGGACCAUAUAUCUUGCUGGAAGGUUUUCCUGCUCUUUUCUUAUAUAAGAAAUACAUUUUUGCUUUAAAAAGUAGAGUUUUUUAUGCAGGGGUAUAGCAUAAUGGAAAAAGAAAGUUUUUUUUUUUUAAGAUAAUUUCCUUUUAGGAGUUUCUUCCUCCCUCUUUGUGUAAUAAAUUUAUAUUUUACUGUGAGAUUAUGCUGUUUGGGUGAGAAGAGGACUUGCAGGUCCUGCUGCCUACAGGACAAGUUUGAAACCGUAUCAUGAGUGAGAUUUUAUUCUGCUUUAUAUAAAAUAAACACUUUGAAAAUGUUA